AUGCUCUUCUUUACCAAGACAGUCCUCACCGUUGUGGCCGUGCUGGCACGCGCGACAAACAGCGCCGCGGACUUGGUCGACGACGCCUUGACCAGCCGCAGCAUCAGCUGCGGAGAUUUCUGCCCUGAGAACAUGGUGUGCGAUUCCCACAGCAUCCCCGGCUUCCCAGAGGUCCUCUCCCCAGGCUGCACGGUCGCCAACAAGAAGUGGCAGGACAGUUGCGGGGGAUGCAGGGAAGGGUUCGUGUGCGACAACUACGCCAUCGGAUUCAGUUCUCCCAUGUGCGUCCCGAGCAGCGUGAAGCGCCAGGUGGACGUUGCGCGUGAAAUGUGCCAGCUCCGCGCCGUCGCCGAAGACGGUCAAGAGUGUGUCGCAGUCGCAGUCCCCGGCGGCCCUGCCAUCGGGCUGGGCCUGAUUGUGGAGCAUCGUUGCCGUGCGCCCGAGGAUGAACUGUUCAGGAAGCGCCAGCUCCGGGCUAUCACCGCCGAUGUCCGAAAGCGCCAGAUGACCCAUGUCGGGCCUGGAGUUGAGGCUGACGCGGAGAUGUGCGGUGGUUGCGCCGAGGGCCAGAAAUGCAUUGGUCGGUGGCCAUUUACUCCCGGAGUACCUAUGGGCUUGCCGACCUACGACUACAACUACGAAGGUUGA